AUGUAUGAUAAGAGCCAUACCGAUCGGGAGGAUGAGAAACUCGGGUGGUUCUUCUCAAGACGAGUGGAGUUGGAUCGGAUGGUGGAUCGGGAUCGGGAAGGGGCAAUGUUGAAAGACGUCGCUUGUACACAAAUCCGAGGCUUGAAUCGGUCAAUAGAGGAAGACAAAUCAUCAAAACUAGGAAGUACAACAACAUCCGGUGGGGACGACGAAACAUGA